AUGAAUGAAAUGUUUAAUAAAAGCGAAGAACAUGGAGAAAAUGGGGAUUUAAAUGCAAAUACUGUUGAUUUUUCUUUAGAAAAAACAGUUAAAAACCGAAAAAGACUGAGAGGUCAGAAUAAAAAUAGAAAAAUUGUUAUAGAAAAAGAAUUAAAGCAAUUAUGUCCCCGUAUUUCUAUUGAUAAACCAUGUGAAUAUGGUGAUACUUGUAAAUUUAUGCAUUCUAUUGAAGAUUAUUUAAAUGAGAAACCACAAGAUAUUGGUAAUAUUUGCUGUGUUUUUAAUUCUAGAGGAUGGUGUAGAUCUGGGUGGAAAUGUCGAUGGUUAGGUGGGCAUUUAUUGAAACCUACUUCAGAUGUUAAAACUUGGAGUUUAAUUACAGAUAAUAAUAAGAUGGAAAUGCAUAAAAAUGAUGAUAUUAAUUAUGUUUCAGCGGAUAUUCGAAAGUUACUUUCACGUAAAUUGUAUUUAACACCUAAAUCAGAUAGUUAUUUAGCUUUUUUGGAUGGAAAUCCUUAUAUAAAUCGUUUUAAUAACAAAGAAUUUGAAAAUAUUGAAAAGGAUUUUCCUAUGAGGAUUAUGGAGAAAAAAAAAAUAUGUUGGAAAGGCAGAAAGAUUCUUGCACCUUUAACUACAGUUGGUAAUGUUCCUUUUAGACGUAUUUGUAGUUCUUUUGGUGCAGAUGUAACUUUUUCUGAAAUGAUUGUUUCUCUUCCAUUGUUACAGGGCUUAAAAUCUGAAUGGGCUUUGCCACGUGCACAUAUUUCAGAACGAUCGAAUUUAAGGAAUGGGAGAAGAGGACUUUUUGGUUUACAAAUAUGUGGAAGUAAGCUUUGGCAAUCUGUUAAAACUGCAGAGGUUUUGGCAGAUGUUUGCAAUGGAAUUGAUUUUAUCGACUUAAAUUGUGGAUGUCCAAUUGAUUUGAUUUAUAAACAGGGUGCUGGUUCUGCUUUAUUAGAUUCUCAAACAAAGAUGAUUAAAAUGCUUGAAGGCAUGGCCUAUGUAUCUAAUUCAAUACCAAUUACUACAAAAAUUCGAAUAGGGACAAAAGAUAGUAAACCAGUAGCUCUCAAGCUUAUUGCGAGACUGAGAAAUGAACUUAAUUUGAGUGCUGUUAUAUUGCAUGGACGAUCCAGACAACAACGUUAUACUAAAAAAGCAGACUGGCAAUACAUUCGCCAAUGUGCUUCUAUGAUAAAUGCAAUGAGAGAUUAUGAUGCGUAUAAUGAAGAUUCUAAAAAAAAUGCAGAGACAGGAGACGUAUGUUCUAUGGCAUUUAUUGGUAAUGGCGAUAUAUAUAGUUGGGAAGAUUGGCAUGCUGCUAUGAUGUCUGGCGUAGAUACGGCUAUGGUGGCUCGAGGUGCCUUAAUAAAACCCUGGAUAUUUGAGGAAAUUGAUUCCAAACAAUACAUAGAUAAAUCCUCAACUGAAAGAUUAGAUAUACUUAAGGAUUUUUGUGAAUACGGUCUUGAUUACUGGGGUUCAGAUGAGCUUGGUGUUAAUACAACACGGCGUUUUCUAUGUGAACUUCUUUCAUUUUUUCAUCGUUAUGUACCAAUAACUAUGUUAGAAGUGCUUCCUCCAAAUAUUCAAGAUCGACCUCCACUUUGGAAAGGUCGUAAUGAAAUGGAAACACUUUUAGCUAGUGGAAAUUCUAAAGAUUGGGUUAAAAUAAGUGAAAUGUUUUUAGGUAAAGUAAAAGAUAAUACUUUUAAUUUUAUUCCCAAACAUAAAAGUAAUUCUUAUGAAAUAGAAACUGAAGGCUAG